UUGCAGUCAUUUAAUUAAUUGACCACACCCCCAAUUGUUAUGAAUAAUUAAUGAGCCCUGGUUAAUUCAAAUUUCUGUAGCCGUAUAAAGUGAAUGUUUUCUUUGUUGUAGAUUACAAGAGAUAGCAAUGAGUGAACAUGACCAUAAUGCAUUCACACAGUUGAGGGCUCGGAUACACAAACAAGUCGAAAUGUUAAAGGCUAUACUGGAAAGCACUCAAUCAAAGAGUAAUGAGAGACAAUGGCUGAGACACCAGACAGACGGAGACCUUGAUGAUAGAAAACUAGUAGACGGUCUGACUGGUGAGAAAGCAGUCUAUAGAAAAAGGGGAGAGAAAGAACCUGAGUUUGGCCAUUCGUCCAAUGUCCGUAAGUCCAUUCGACUGGUAGUUGAUGUUAGUGGGAGCAUGUAUCGAUUUAAUGGGUAUGACGGCCGACUGGAUAGGACACUGGAGGCUGUUCUGAUGGUCAUUGAAGCAUUUGAGUCGUACAGCAUGAAGUUCAAGUUGGAUAUUGUUGGUCAUUCUGGAGAUUCUGCUGAGAUACCUUUCCUUUCCUCUGAGAGUCCACCUGUGAAUGAAAAAGAAAAAAUGGACAUCUUGAAGUCAAUGCAUGCUCAUUCUCAGUUCUGUUGGUCUGGUGACAAUACUCUAAAGGCUACAGCAACUGCCAUAUCCACCAUCAGAUCAGACUCUGUACCUUCUCAAGAGUCCUACGUCAUUAUUUUAAGUGAUGCUAACUUUUCUCGCUAUCGUAUAAGUCCAGUUGAGUAUGGGAGGUUGAUCCUCUCUGAUCCUCAUGUGAAUGUUUUUGCUGUUUUUAUUGGAUCCCUUGACGACGAGGCUACAAGGUUACAGGAUUCCCUACCUGCUGGACGAUCAUUUGUUUGUAUGAACAAUUCUGAUCUACCUAUCAUAAUAAGACAAGUCUUAUCAUCAUCCGUCAUUUAGUCUCCAGCUUUUAGUUAUUAUAUUAUUAGAGAUCAUUCAUAGCGAACUAGAA